UCAGAGCAAAUGCAGGUGGUUUUAGAGGUUUAUAUUUGAACUCCGAAUGUUUACCUCGGAUGAUAGUUGUUACAACCAAGUAAUGCCCUUCCGCUUAUUACUUCACCUGACCUCAAAACAUCGUUUCUUCUCUACAACCUCCGGCUCUAUAGCACUAACAUCAACUCCAGUAAUCUCUCCUACACUGCUCAAACAAUGCAAAUCAAUCUUCCAGUCGCACCUGAUUCACCAACAAGCCAUAGUUCAAGGCCUUCUGUCCCAUUUCUCUCUCAAUCUCAUUUCCACUUACUUAGCUCUCAAUGCUCCUUCUCAUGCACUCUCCCUCCUCCAAUGCCUCACCCCUUCCCCCUCCGCCGUCUACUGGUGGAAUGCUCUCAUCCGCCGCGCCGUCCGCCUCGGCCUCCUUCAACACUCCCUCUCCCUCUUUCGUACAAUGCGGAGGCUCAAUUGGUCCCCUGAUCACUAUACUUUUCCUUUUGUUUUCAAGGCCUGCGGUGAACUACCUUCCUUUUUGCAUGGUAGUUGUAUUCACGCUAUUGUUUGCUCAACUGGGUUUGAUUCUAAUGUAUUUGUUUGCAAUGCGGUAGUGGCUAUGUAUGGCAGGUGUGGCGUGUCGAGUUAUGCACGCCAAAUGUUUGAUGAAUUGCUUAUGGGAGAGGUAUUUGAUUUGGUUUCUUGGAAUUCUAUGAUCGCUGUUUAUUUGCAAAGUGGCGAUUUAAAAAGUGGAAUUGAAUUGUUCCGUAGAAUGUGGAAAGUGGGUGAAUUUGAUAUCGUGCCGGAUGCUGUUAGUCUGGUGAAUGUGUUACCUGCUUGUGCUUCUAUGGGUGAUUGGUUGUGUGGUAAGCAAGUACAUGGUUUUGCGAUCAGGUAUGGCUUGUUUGAAGAUGUGUUUGUAGCUAAUUCAUUGGUGGAUAUGUAUGCAAAGUGUGGUUUGAUGUGCAUAGCUAACAAGGUUUUUGACCGGAUGCAGCAUAAGGAUGUGGUUUCUUGGAAUGCAAUGGUUACUGGGUAUUCUCAAAUCGGUAAGUUCGAGGAUGCUCUUGGUUUGUUUGAGAAGAUGAGAGAGGAAAAGAUUCAGUUGGAUGUUGUGUCUUGGAGUGCUGUUAUUGCAGGAUAUGCACAGAGGGGACUUGGCUAUGAAGCAUUGAAUGUGUUUAGGCAAAUGCAGGUUUGUGGGUUGAGACCAAAUGAGGUUACCCUUGUUUCACUUCUUUCUGGUUGUGCUUCAGUUGGAGCGUUGCUUCAUGGGAAGGAGACACAUUGCUAUUCCAUAAAAUGUGUUUUGAACUUUGACAGGAGUGAUCCACGGGAUGAGCUUUUGGUGGUUAAUGCCAUAAUUGACAUGUACACAAAGUGCAAAGAUAUCAAUGUAGGUCGUGCAAUUUUUAAUUCUAUACCGCCCAAGGAUAGAAACGUGGUGACUUGGACUGCUAUGAUUGGUGGCUAUGCCCAACAUGGAGAAGCCAAUGAUGCAUUAGAACUCUUCUCCCAGAUGCUCAAACAGUAUAAUAGAUCAGUAAAGCCAAAUGCAUUUACCAUAUCUUGUGCCUUGAUGGCAUGUGCUCGCCUAGCUGCAUUGAGGUUUGGCAGACAAAUUCAUGCUUUUGUAUUGCGCGAUCAGUAUGAUUGUGAUGUACUUUACGUGGCCAAUUGCCUCAUAGAUAUGUAUUCUAAAUCAGGAGAUAUGGAUGCUGCUAGACUUGUGUUUGAUAACAUGAAGCAUAGAAACACUGUUUCUUGGACAUCCCUGAUGACAGGUUAUGGUAUGCAUGGUCAUGGUGAAGAGGCAAUUAAGGUUUUUGAUGAGAUGAGGAGAGAGGGUCUUGUUUCAGAUGGUAUAACAUUCCUUGUUGUGCUCUAUGCUUGCAGCCAUUCUGGUAUGGUUGACGAAGGGAUUAAAUACUUCCAUGACAUGUGCAAGGAGUAUGGAGUUAUUCCUGGGGAAGAACACUAUGCAUGCAUGGUUGACCUAUUGGGUCGGGCUGGUCGCUUGGAUGAAGCCAUGAAGCUCAUCAAAGGCAUGCCAAUGAAACCAGGUUCCAUAGUGUGGGUAGCGUUGCUUAGUGGUUGCAGAAUACAUGCAAAUGUGGAGCUAGGAGAAUAUGCAGCAAACCAAUUGUUAGAGCUGGAGUCAGGAAAUGAUGGAUCAUAUACAUUGCUUUCUAACAUAUACGCCAAUGCCAGGCGAUGGAAAGAUGUGAGCAAGAUCAGAUCCUUGAUGAAACAUGCAGGAAUUAGGAAGAGGCCUGGUUGUAGUUGGGUCCAAGGGAAGAAAGGGACUGCGACUUUCUUCGUUGGGGACAGGACUCAUCCGCAGUCAAAACAAAUAUAUGGAAUUCUCACAGAACUAAUACAACAAAUUAAAGUUCUUGGAUAUGUUCCAGAGACCAGCUUUGCGCUCCAUGAUGUUGAUGAUGAAGAGAAAGGUGAUCUUCUAUUUGAACACAGUGAGAAGUUGGCUCUUGCCUAUGGCAUCCUAACAUCAGCGCCAGGUGAACCUAUCCGGAUCACAAAGAAUUUGCGUGUAUGCGGUGAUUGCCACAGUGCCUUUACUUACAUAUCCCGGAUUAUUGAUCAUGAAAUCAUAUUGAGAGACACGAGCCGGUUCCAUCAUUUCAAGUUAGGAUCCUGCUCCUGCAGGGGCUACUGGUGAUGCUGGAAUUAUCCAUGUACAGUUGAGGCUUGUUUCUUUUAUCUAAUUGCCGAAGGAUUCAUUAAUUUUUAAUCAAUCUAUUUAUAUAUGUUGUAAAACCGUGCUCUUGAAAUAGAUUCUCAGAAAAAAAUGAAAACAGUGCUCUCGAAAUUAAACCAGGAAAUAUUUUCACAGGGACUCUCUCUUUAACUAAGACAAUGAUCUAAGUUAAUGACAAGUUGCAUGCUAAAAUAUUCAGUUAAA